UCGUUGCGGGGUAGUGUGAUGGUGGAAGUCUUCGGGGUUUACUUUGUGUUUAAACCAUUGCUUCCCUUUGCUUAUUCUUUAAAGUAUUUAAUUUUUUUAUUUACUUAAGGUGCGGACUCAUUUUUUCGGCUCAGAUCAUGGUGGAAAACUCUCCGUCUCCUCUUCCUGAGAGAGCCAUCUAUGGCUUUGUUCUCUUUCUGGGGUCUCAGUUUGGUUUCUUUUUGUACUGCCUGUGGGCAUAUAUACCAGAGGAAUGGCUUCAUUCAGUAGGACUCACCUACUGGCCUCAGAAAUAUUGGGCUCUUGCGAUGCCAAUCUACCUCCUGGUUGCAUUAAUGGUCUUUGUGGUUGUGUUAUUCGGGAUCAACAUGAACAACACAGCUCCACUGGACUCUGUGGACAACAUCACAGACGUAUUUGCACAAGGUCAGAGGUCAGACUGCUACCGAAAAGGAGGAAUACCCAGACUGAAGGACGUUUCCAUUAGUGAAGUCAACAAAAUGUUCUAUUUAUCUUCUGAUAGGUGACAAACACAGACUGUACAGGGCCAUCGCUGCUUCAGAAAACUGAAUUGGGUUUCAUUUGGUAUAGAUUGUUGUUUUUAUCUGCACUCCAAGUUUACAGCUGUUUUAAAAUCUGUUCUUUUAUAGAACAGUUUGUCCCUGAAAUGCAAAGUUUUGUUAUUAAUUUAAGUUUUUUGUUUUUUUUAACUAUCCAGUGUAGUAAAGUAUGGAUGUAAGUUUGCAGUAAAUACAAUUUUUCAGAGCCGUUCUAAAGAAAAAAAAAUCAUUAAUUGAAUUUUGAUAUGUAAACAGUGCAGCAUAAUAAUCUCUAAGUGAUCAGUUUGUGAAAUGGAUAGUAUUAAACAUAAUCCGUACUAAUAAAGGCAUCCAGCUUGUAAGUAUGAAUGCAUAACAUAUUUAGAACUCUCUACAGAAAAGUUACACUUCUAUAUUAUUUAUAAGUGAGGAUGAUAACAGUUGUUUGAAUGCUGAAGGAAGAGGGAUUAUUCUUAGGUUAUGGUAGCUAUUAUUUAUUUUUGAAUACUUGAUUUAUGUGUCACUUUGUUAAAGGGUUUAUCAUACCCUUGUGCGCUUUACUGUCAUUAAAGUUAACGGUUAAUAAGAUUUUUUUUUUCAUCAGAAGAAAAUGAGUUUGUUGAAUAAAGGCGGAAAUAUAAAAUUAUAUAUAUUUCAGGUAUAAGUGAAUUGGGUUUUGUAUUAUACAAUGUUGUGGUUUAUUAAGUUAAUUCUGUGCAGAUUCAUCCAGUUAUUUGAGGACUGGUAUGGGUUUGUUAAAAAACACAUUAAAGCUUGCUAGCUGACAGAUUGCAAAACUUUAUUUGAAGGUGUGAUAAUUUUAUGUUAAACAUUAUUAGAAUUAGGAGAGACUACAGACUGAUGCAGCAAAUAGUCUUUGGGAUCACAUGUGAUCUCUGUAUGGUGUUACCCAGAGAAAACACACUGUAGAUGGCUCAUUCAAUUAACAUCCAUAGGUAUGUACUAAAUCAAGAGAACAACUUUUUUAAGAUGUUUUGUUUGCAUAUAUUUGAAUGGAAAUGUACCAAAACAUCUAAUUUGCUCAAUUACCGAGUCAUAUAAAAGAAGUGUAAACAUGCUAGUAAAGGCUUGUUUAGUAUAAAAAGAAGAAAGAUGUGUUUUUUUUGUUUGUUUUUAAACUUGGCCAGAACAUUAGGGGAGCUUUUAUAAACCAAGCCUGUGUUUACAUAGGAUUGUAAACUGUCCUGCAGAAACGUUGGUUGGAUCGAGGGGAAAAAAAGAGUAAUAUUAAACAGUUUAAUGUUUUUCAACUUAUAUGACACUGAUUUUAGUAGAUUAAAUGAUUGGUAUCUAGGACAAAAUUAAUUCAGAUGAGGAUGUUUCUAUUUCGACAAGUUAAUUAAGUUUAAUACUUUAAACUGUCUAAUUCUCAUGAUUGGGUUUUAUUAUCGAAAUGGAUCGUGUUUCUCACUCAAAGCUAGAAGACAAUUGGUAGCAGCAACAUUCCUGCCCCUUUUGGAUUAUGGAGAUGUUUUAUCUAUGAAUGCUUCAACCAAAUGUCUGAAAUCAUUGAAUACUGUUUAUCAUUGUGCUUUAAGGUUUAUAACUGGUAGUAGACGUUUGAUACAUCCUUGUGAUUUGUAUGCAAAAGCUGAUUGGCCGCCUUUAAGUGUUCGGGGAAACAAUCAUUUGAUAAUCCUAAUAUAUAAAUCUCUCCUUGGACUAACACCAACAUACUUAUACUCUCUUUUGCAUAAAUCUAGUACUUCACAUUUUUUACGCUCCAAUGUCUUUAUUCUUCUACAUGUUCGAACUGAUAAAGGAAAGAAGUGUGUUGGCUCCUACAGCGUGGAAUCAGCUCCAGUCUGAGCUCAAGAUGUCAGACACUAUUUUAUUAGACUUAUUUCAAAUGGUUCUUAAAAAUAGACAACACGCUUCUAUGAAACAAUGUCACUGCUUU